UGCGGCGGGCAUGGGCCGCGCAGGCGCACUUGGGCAUCCGGGCCAUCGUUGCCUCAGCAACCGCCAGCUCCGCCUGCCGGGCCCGGGAUGCCAGCCCUGAGAUGGAGCCCAAUAAGCCGGAGCCAGAGCUCCAGAGGUUUUACCACCGGUUGCUGCGUCCACUGUCUCUCUUCCCCCGCAGGGCGACGCACACAGAGUCUGAGAAGCGCCUCCCGAAGGAGGUCCCCAUGCUGCUGCCCCUGCCCGUCUCCCGACUGACGGUGGCGUCCCUCUGCCGCCAGGUAACGGAGCGGCUGGCCAGCAGCGGGCUGGAGGCGCGCGCGCCUGCGAAGGUACGACUCUGUUUCACCCAGGUCAUCCUGGACGAGCUAAAAUGCAGCUGGCAGGAGCCCCCCGCGGAACCUGGUCUGAGCCACUUGGACAAUCAGAGGCUGCGGAAGCGGCUCCUGGUCUACGUGCUGCUCAGCAGCGAGCUGCUCUUCGUACGCUCCCUGCACCUUCAGAAGAUGCUGUCGACCCCUGCAAGUGUCUUCACUGAAUCAGCCACGCUCACCCGGUUGGCCGCCAGCCUCGCCAGGGAAUGCACAACCUUCCUCACCAGCCCCGACGUCUACCGUGGGCUGCUCGCUGACUUCCGCGCCCAGCUGAAGGAAGAGCAGGCCCAAGCCCGCGGGUCCAGGCUGCGCCCGGGCGGCUCCCCUGAGGCUUUCAGGCUCUGCCCUAUCCCGUGGUAUGAGAGCCCUAGCUUUGCCCAAGUUCCGAAUUUCAACCUCAGCCUGAACGAUCUCAUCCAGCUCAGCCGCCCGCGAGAGUCUGUCAGUGAGCCUGAACUGGAUCCGGUAAAGGAACUGAAGUCCAUUCCCCAGCUGAAGAGGAGGAAGCCUCUCCGCUGGCUGUCCUCCGUGCAGAAGAAGAGAGAAAGCAACUUGGGUUCUCCACAGCCUGCGUCCCUGCCUGCGUGCUCUGUGGCUCCCCCCAGCCGGGCUCCCGCCCCCUCCCACUUGCCCCUCUCCUUCCAGCUCCAGAGGGGCCAGUCCUUGCCCUCUCUGCGUGAGGGCUGGAAGCUAGCAGAUGAGUUGGGUCUUCCUCCGCCCUCUCCUCGACCCUUAACCACGCUGGUCCUGGUUGCAGAGAGCAAACCUGAGCUGGCAGGGGACACGGUGGCUGAGGACCUGAAGCAGAUAAUGAGGAACAUGGAAUUGCAUCGGACCCGCUGCUCACUGGUGGACUCAGGCCUGCCCCCGCUCCUGGGGGCCCUGACCUACCGCCCUCGCCCAGGACAUCACAUGGAAGAGCUGCAGAGAAUGUUGAAGGGUCUGGAGGAGAAUGAGGCGGCUGGGCAGCACUCCCCCACAUCCCCUCCACUUGAAGCACAGCCGGUGACCGUGACUUUGAAGCUAAGAAAUCAGGUGGUCCAGGCAGCCGCUGUACAGGUCUCGGGGCGAAACUUUGUGGAUUCCUUCCACGUUGACGGGGCCGGAGUCUUGUACAACCACUUGACUGGCGAACUGGAACCCAGACUUGUCGAGGAAAUGGAUGUGGACCUCUCCGUCGGCAGUAGCAUCGGGGAGAUCUACAAGGAGCUGAUGACUCGUGUCUCCAAAGACCACUUCUCUUUCGACCAGGGGCCCCUGGUGGAGCCUGCAGCCGUUCAAGACUGGUCGGCCUUCCUGUCCUCAGCUUUUCUAAAUCAAGAAAAACAGCCUCGCGGCAUCAACACCAAGCUGGCUGGGCUUUAUCCCCAGGGAGCCAACACCUUACAGCACCCCCCGGAUAAGAUGGCCUCCCUCCUGUCACUGCAAGCAAGAAAGAGCUGGGAGAAGCGGUCCCACGGGGCCUUGUGGAUGAACUGGUGGAAAACCGCUUUGUCUGUGGACGACUACUUCAGGUACCUCACCAACCAGGAGACAGAUUUCCUCCAUGUCAUCUUCCACAUGUAUGAAGAGGAGGUUCCUGCGGAGCCCGUGACCCCUGUGCAAGAGACCCUAAAGAUCCAGCUCCCGCCUCCCUUGCUGGAAGACGACGAACCAGACUUUGUGCCAGGAGAGUGGGAUUGGAACACGGUGCUGGCGCACAGGCUAGGACCUAAGAAGAACAACCUGCUGGAAGACUCUCCCAAGAUCCUGAGCCUGCAGAAGCGUCUGGAGCGGCUGUGGUCCAUGCUUGAGGUCCGUGACAAGGACCGGCUGGACAUGGCCGUCAAGUACAGCUCCAACGCCCGUCUCAGGCAGCUGCCGUCCCUGGUGAGUGCCUGGGAGCGGGCCUUGCAGCCCAUUCAGCUGCGGGAGAUCUUGCUCGGGAGACUGGAGUGGUUUGAGCGACAAGCCUCCGACCCUAACCGCUUCUUCCAAAAGACUGCCAUGGGCCUGAGUCGCUUCCUGGAGGAGAGUCAGAUCCGCAGCCAUCUCCACAGGAAGCUCCGUCUAGUGGAGGCUCCUUUGGUUCCGCUCCUGGAGGAGAUCGAGUCAGUCUUUGGCGAGCCAGUGACCUUCAAGGGGCGCCGCUACCUGGACAAGAUGAAGCAGGACAAAGUGGAGAUGCUCUACUGGCUGCAGCAGUGGCGGCGGCUCCGCCACCUUGUCCGGGCCGGGAGGGCCUCCCACCCACCCACCCUGUCCAGGAAGCUCAGCAGCCAGUCUCUACCAGCCCCUGGGAACACUCCCAAUGCCCUUUGACCAGGCCAGGUGCCCUCAGAACCCACCCUCACCGCCAUCCACCCAGCAGCUCAUCCGGGGCCUCUUGACGGCUUUGAAAGAAACGCUGUCUGGGAGUGCAGGGUUCUGAAAAACGGUACCUCCAACCACCAAGGGACUGAAACUAACACUUUCUUUUGACCAUGAAGUUCUCAGAAAAGAAGCCCCAAGCACAGUAUUCUCAUUUCUUCCAAGCUCUGCACAGUACAGCCCAAACCUCAUAUUUGCAGAUGAACUGAGACGUCCCUUGGAGUUCCUUGCAAUGGGAAAUGUCAGACAGAUGCAAACCAUCCCCUUUGGAACACCCCACCUCAAUCUAGCACACUGCACUUGAUUGGCGAAUUCGGGCCCCAGACCCAGAGGCUUUAUGGCAUAAGAGCUAAGAGCAGUGCUCUGGAGUUAGUCCAUGUGAGUUUAAAUCCUGGCUGUGUAACUUUAGGCAAGCUACCUAACUGUUCUGCAUCUUUCCCUUCCUCCAUCCAAUGGAGGGGUUGGGUCCAGCUCGUCCCUCCUUCCAGUUCCAGCAGCCUGUUGGUAGAGCUAAAGUGUUUCAUUAAAUUUGUAUCAG